UUUAGUAAACAGUGCCGUCUGAAGGCCGCAGUGGUGAGAGCGCAGCAGCGUUCAGCAGCUGUUUCUAUAGAAACAAGCACAGCAGGAAGUGCUGCAGGGCUCCGCUAAGGUUAGCAGCGUUAGCCUCGAAACAUCAGAGACACUCGGAAUAAAGUUAUUAUUACAGUAAACUGAGCGAAACAGACACAGAUAACCCCGCACAGAAUCACGAUGUGUGUGCCGGGUUCUGUGUCCUACCAGCCGUCCAGCUCAGCUUUCUUAACAUUCAGAGCUGGACGCGGAUCCUAAACAUGGACCGGGCCUAACUGUGGACUGAACUGCACUGACCAGACUGAAAGCCUUCAUCUCCGUCUCUGUCCUCUUCGCAAUGUCCCGGCCGGUGAUACGCCCACUAAGCGUCGGAGCCACGGCCCCCGAGUCUCUCUCCCUGCUGCAGCAGCGCCUCCUGGUGGCUGAGGAGCAGACGGAGGAGCUGCUGAAGGACAUGGGGACGCUGGGGGUGUCCAGAGAGCAGCUGCGGACCCCCGGGUCACCGGGUAGGGGGGUCAGCAUGCGUCCGCUGAGCCCAGUGAGAGUGCAGCAGGCCCUGGGGGUCGGAGGGGAAGGAACUCUGUGGCGGCAGUGUGAGGCGCUGGUGGGCCGGGUGUGUCGCCUGGAGAGUCUCUUACACACACUCAAACUGACCGUCUUCCGCUUAGAGACGGAGAGAGCGCUCAACCCCUCGCAUACAGCUCGUUUGCAGGAGCAGUUAGAGGCUCUGCAGGAGCAGAGUGAGGAGGAGCAGCGCUCGUCGCGGAGGGAGGUCAUGCGUCUAAGGGAUCAGCUGGAACAGGCCUGUCAGGAGAGAGAGGAGGCACGGCAGGAGGCGCACAAACUCAGACAACAGCUGGACAUCUCUCACUGCUCUAAAAUGGAUGUUGCAAUGGCAGCAGAUGAGCUGAAGAUGGUCAAAGUUCAGAUGAGCCAGAAGCUGCAACAGAUGAAGGAGGAGAUGGCGGAGGAGACAGCGGCCCGUCUAGAGGCCGAACAGUCCCACCGUGCGCUGCUGCAGAGAGUGGAAGAGAUGGAGGAAGUAGUGGAGAGAGAGAGAGAGCAGGUAAAGCUCCUCCAGGCUGACUGCCACGCCCUGCGCGGUGACGGUCAGGAGACGAGGGCGGAGCUACAGGAGAAGGAGGAGCUUAUAGACCGCUUACAGAAAGAGUGUGAGCAGCUCAGGGACCAAUCAGAUGGGAAGGAAACUCUGGUAUCAGAGCUGACCAGCGAGCUGAAGAGUGUGAGGACAGCUCUGCAGAAGCAGCAGCAGGAGAACAGCAGACUCGUAAGGGAAGGAGGAGAACUGAGAGCAGCUGCAGAUAAAGUUCAGGUCUUGAACGAUCAGUUGGAGGCUCAGUGUUCUGAUCUGAGUUCAGCUCUUCGUUCCCUCACUGAGGAGAACUCUUGUCUGCAGGCCAGUCUGAAGGUGGAGCAGGAGCGCCUUGCCGAGCGUCUGAAGGAGCAGGACCUGCUGUUAGAUGCCGCCAAGAGAAACAUCCAGUCUGAGCUGCAGGGGGCGCUAACAGACAGGCUACUGCUAAAGAAAGAACUUGAUGCUCUGAGGGCAGAUCAUGCCAACCUGCAGCACAGCUCAGCCGUUGCCCUGGAGACGGCGGCCUCUCAUCAGGACCUGCUGGACAGAACCAUCGAGCGUCUGCGCGGGGAGGUCAGCAGCGCCGCCAAAGAGAGAGAGGCCAUGCAGAAGGAGAGGGACGAGGCAAAGGCCGAGGUGUCUGCUGUGGUCUCCAGGCUGCAGAAGGAGCGGGGGAUCCUGGAAGUGCAGCUCUCUGAGCUCCAGGUGGAGCUGUGUGAGAUGAGCUCAGCCCUGCAGAAGAGAGAGGAGGAGAACAGGGGGCUGAUGGGAAGACUGGCAGCAGUGCAGCACCAGCAGUAUUCUCAGCAGCAGGUAGAGCAGAUGUUGAGGGAGUUGAUGGACAGCAAGAACAAGCUGACCUACGAGAAGGGCAAACUGCAGACUGAAGUGCAGCAGCUGGGGGCGGAGCUAAAGGCUCUGGGGGCGGAGCGCACAAAACAACACCAAACAGCCUCGUCUGGGGAGAACAACUACACACAGGUGGCCGCUGUGUACGAUGCGCUGGACGCAGCUCAGCUGGCCAACCGGAGUCUUUCUCAGAGUCUGGAGACGGCCUUACUGUCCAAACCAAACGUUACAACACGUUUCUGUUAGAGCUGGUCAGGUUCUGAGAGUGACCGCAGGGAGGCGGAGCUACAGGAGGCGAGGGAAGAGAUUGGCCGCUUGGCUGGGCAGGUCGACGCCCUGAGGCAGCAGCUGCGCCGAGAAAAGCACCACAGGAGGAAGUCGGCUCAGCGGGAUGUGGCUGAGCUGAAGAAAGCACUUGAAGAUGCGUCCAGCAGGUCAGGUGACCUGUCGCGAGCCAAUCGGGAGCUGCGUGAGAAAGUGUCUGAGCUGGAGAACCUAGUGUCCAGUCAGAGGUCCCGAAUUAAAGCCCAGAAAGCCCAACUAAAGCAGCACCUGGACAGUAGAGUGGCCCUGAGCAGCUCUCAGAGAAUGAAGGACUUGGAAGCGGAGAUAAAAAGCCUUGAGAGCUCGAAGAAUGAAUAUGAGAGGAUGUGUUAUGAACAGUCUCAGGCGUUUCUGCAGGUGCGCAGUGAGAUGGCAGCUCUGCAGGCUGAGUUGCAGAGUCUGUCCUCCAGCCAGCAGGGGGAGCUCCAGGCAGAGAGGACGCUCAGUCGCACACUGCAGGAGAAAUGCAAAAUUCUGGAGGAGUGUGUAGUGAAGUUAAGCGCAGAGAGAGAUGAAACAGAGCUGAGGAUGAGGGAGGUCAGCCAGGAGUCUCAGCAGAUUUCGGAGAACCUUCAAGAGGCGCACAGCUGGUUCCGCUCCAGGUUUGACAGCCUGAACAGUGAAGUGGAACCUGAGGAGCAUCCUGAGUCCAGCGGGAAUGUAAAGGACAUCCCAGCCCCAGAACAGGAUACGGGCGAGAUAUCCUCCAAUAACAGAUCCGUUCUGCAGUGCGUUGCGGAGCCGGAGCUGGAGCGCUGGGCGUCCACCCUGCAGCGCUGGGAGACGAAGAGGGAGCUGGCCCGCAUCGCAAGUGGACACAAACGCAUUGGACGAACGCACUCAUUAACGUAGCACACUCCCUCAUAUACAGCCAUACGGGCAGAAGUUUUAGACCCCCAGUCAAAUAGCAUGUUUUGUUGACACACUUAAAUAUGACAUUCUUAAUGACAAAUUAAGCCCAGUUACGCUCAGUUUCGCUGCUGGACUGAGAACCAGAAAUAUCCAGCCAGCAGUGUCCUGUGGGCAGCGUCCUGUGACCACUGAUGAAGGACUAGAGGAUGACCAACACAAACUGUGCAGCAGCAGA